AUGGUCAACUUAAAUUGGCCAGAACAGAAGAGAAGCAGGCCAACGACAGAAGCCAGUUCUAGCAGAGGCAGAAUGGUUUCAAGGGAAACUAUUGAAAGGCCAAAAGCAACUAUCUCAGCUAGAGUAGUGCUCUGCAGCAAGUGCAAAUGUGAAGCUGAGCUAGAAGUGGUCCUGGACAGGCAGAGUCAGCCCAGAAGAGGAGGGUUCAAAGGCAAUACUGCAUAUUCCUCAAGAACAAAAGUGAUGCACAGGAACCUCCGGAAACCACUUCUGACAGAAAAGGGAAAAGAUCCGGAAAUACCUUCACAGGCAGAACAAGUAAUCCAGCCACAGAAAAUGUUGAAAGCUGGAUCUAUAGUUAAGCCUUCUAUCCAUCUUGCUUCAUCCUCAGACAAUCAAUUUAAACCUCCACAGAUACAAGGAGAAUCUGAACCUAUUCCAGUAGAAGGGCAAGAAGAGUGGAUUGAGGAAAAUAAAGAGGAGCAGCUACAUUAUGAGCCAUCUGCAGAUGACCAGAAUGCACUCCUCGAAACAGGAGAAUAG